CCUUCCUAGACUUUGACCGUGCAGGUGCAACGUGUCCUCUCCAAGAAACAGUAGUAGAACAGGACACUGUAGUCAGAACGCUCUUUUUCCAUUUACAACCAGUGAAAGGAUGCUUCUAAGGUUCUUUUUCUUUGCCUUCUUGCUGUUCCAGCUUGUGUUAGCAGCUGAAGACUACUACAAGGUUCUCGGUGUCAACAAAGGUGCUUCAGACUCGGACAUUCGUAAGGCAUAUAAACAACUUUCGAAGAAAUGGCACCCGGAUAAGAACAAGGGUAACAAAGAAGCUGAGGAGAAGUUUAUGGAGAUUGGUCGUGCCUACGAAGUUUUGUCGGAUCCCGAGAAGAAGCAGAUCUAUGACACAUACGGCGAAGAAGGCGUCGAACGGAGUGAGCAUGGUCAAAACCCCGGCGGCGCUCCUCAAGGAAAUCCUUUUGGAGGUGGAUUCGAGGGCGGCUUUGGUGACUUCUUCGGUAAUCUCUUUGGCGGACGGAAUCCUUUUGGAAACCAAGGACCCCGCCGUGGACCAAACAUGGACCGUGCUUUACAGAUUGAUCUGGCUACAUACUACAAAGGUGCUGCGUUCGACAUCUACUUGGACGUCAAUCGUAUUUGCGACUCUUGUAAGGGACAGGGUUUCAACACAAAGUACAGUAAGGACAAGGCAAUGCAAACGUGUACGGUCUGUGGUGGCCAUGGAAUACGGGUUGUCAAACGAAUGAUUGCCCCCGGUAUGUUCCAGCAAAUGCAGAUGCCUUGCGACGCUUGUCAUGGCACUGGUGUGCAAAUUAAACACAGCUGUCCCAAGUGUCACGGAAAUCGUGUCGUUCAAAAACGUGAGACAUUCACGGUGAAUAUUCCUGCAGGCGCUCCUGUCAAUUACCGCAUGACGUUUUCUGAGAAGGCAGACGAAAGUCCUGAUUACAAAACCGGAGACAUCAACAUUAUCCUUCAAGAGUCUCCUAACAACAACGAAGGAUGGACGAGAAAGGGUGAUGACUUGUAUCGGAAAGAAGAACUUUCUGUUAAAGAUGCACUUCUCGGUAACUGGAAGAAGACAAUUCGACACUUGGAUGGACACCUUGUUACUGUUACUCGCAAUGCUGGUUCCGUUGUUCGACCUGGUGAAGUCGAAAAGGUCAAAAAUGAGGGUAUGCCAAAGUUUGACGAACGCAAGAAUAAGCCUACGAAGCGCUAUGGUAAUGCUUUUAUUGAGUGGUCUAUUAAAUUCCCUAAAAAAAUUUCGGGUCAAUUCCUAAAAGAUUUGACGGCCGUGUUCAAAAAACACGAGGCUACUUAUGACGAGUUGUAAUGAGUUGAAAGAAGUUAAUUUUGCUUUACUAAGCAAAAAGACAUAUACCUAAGAAAUCCAAUUUCACAAAAACCAAUUGAUGAGAAGGCGCAUAUUAUUAGCGAUAGAACUGACACACGUACAUGUGCGCUGUCAUCAUCCGCUAACAAUUGCCUCUGAGUCUAUAUGUACAUAUCCAAAGAUUCGUUCGUGAAUGUAUUGCCUAACCUUCUAUCCUAACCUAUACUUAAACAGUAGUUCGUCUCCAAAACAAGAGUAGUCGUUCAAACGCAACCCAAUUGAAAAAGCAG